AUGUUCUCCCCGCCAUUAUCUACAGACAACACUCUACAGCACGAUAACUACACAGUCGGCUGGAUCUGUCCGCUCGAGAUCGAGCUCAUUGCAGCCCUGGAAAUGCUCGACGAAGAGCAUCCUCGCCUCUCACACCAGUGGAAGCCCGGUAACACUGCAGCUGCGACUGUCAUUGCACAAAUGAGAAUGACAUUCCCCAACAUUCGCUUCGGGCUUCUGGUCGGUAUCGGCGGCGGUGUGUCUACGAUGACGGAUGCUGGAAUGAUCCGACUGGGCGAUGUGGUUGUUACGCAGGAUCUUGCUGCAAAGCGAGCCCGGUCCCGACGAGGAGACCCUGUUGUUGCGAACAUCGGAAGGAUUGAAACCAGGCCCCCGGCACUGCGGAAGUUCAAGUUCCCUGGUGCACAUGAGGACUACUUAUACCCGCCUGAGUAUGUUCAUCGCGAAAAGGGAGUCUCUUGCGAUAGGUGCCAAUGCGACCCGGGUGAACGUAUUCCACGCGAUACAGACGACAGUUGGAACACGGAAGGCGACAUCCCUGCGGUGGUUAUUCAUAGAGGGACCAUAGCGUCUGGAGAGAGGGUCAUAAAGGACGGUAACUUGAGAGAUAAGCUGGCUGCUCAGGACGAAGUGUUAUGUUUUGAGAUGGAAGCAGCUGGAGCUCUCGCCGACUUUCCCUGCUUGGUAAUUCGUGGUAUCUCUGACUACUGUGACUCCCACAAGAAUGACCAAUGGCACGGAUAUGCGGCCGCUUCCGCUGCCGCCUAUGCUCGAGAGAUAUUCUUCCAUCUACCAAUAGAUAAAUUGAAGCGUGCCGAUUCACCAUACCCAAUAGAGAACAAGCUCAACAUCUUAAUGGAGCGCAGUGAUGACCAGGAGCGUCAAGCGAUCAUGAACUGGCUGUCACAGAUAGACUACAGGGCCUUUCAGGCUGACUAUCUUGAUCAAAUGAAAGAAGGGACGGGCCAGUGGUUUCUGAGAUCGGAUGCGUUUCAAUAUUGCGUAGACACCCCAUCAACUUUGUUCUGUCCUGGUAUUCCUGGAGCGGGGAAAACAGUCAUCACAUCAAUGGUCAACCUCGUUCAUUUUCUUGCAAGCAUUCUCAAACAAUUGAUCCAGCAAUCGAGCUUCAUACCGGAACAGGUGGCAAGCCUCUGUUCUCCUACUAUUAAUGCAAGUCCGCGUGAGCAGCAGAUGCUGGAUUGCCUGCAGACUAUGGCCAGUGGAUAUUCCAAGAUAUAUUUGGUAGUGGAUGCACUGGAUGAAUGUGAAGAAUCCACGAGAAACAAACUGAUUCGAAAGAUUUUCAAUUUACAGUCGAAGACUAAUAUUGGAUUCCUUACGACUUCGAGAUUCAUUCCAGAAAUCACCUCACUCUUUGCAGAGUUCCCGUCAUUAGAGAUUAAUGCGAGUGUGGAUGACAUCAGGCUAUAUCUUACAAGCCGGAUAAAUGAGCUGCCAAAUUUUGUUUCCCGAGAUCCUUCUCUUCAGGAGCUUGUGUGCUCGACAAUCACUGAACUCGUUGAUGGGAUGUUUCUCGUUGCCAAGCUUUACAUUGACUCUCUAAGAAAGAAGCGAUCCAUCAGAGCGUUGAAGGAUGCUUUGUCUGAUAUGCCAGGCGGAUCUGCAGCCUAUGACUAUGCAUACCAAGAUGCUAUGCACCGCAUUGAAAGCCAGACCCUGGACGAGAAAACCCUGUCUAAGCAAGUUAUGUGCUGGUUAACCUGCUCGCAACGGCCGCUCACGCUGACCGAACUACAACAUGCCCUUGCCGUCAAGCCUGGUGAGCGGGCCUUCGACGAUGAAAAUCUUUCAGAUAUCCGAGCCAUGAUCACACCAUGUGCCGGGCUUGUUGUGUUCGAUGAUAGAAGUCACAUUAUUCGACUGGUCCACUACACAACACAAGAUUACUUCCAGCGCACCUGGACCAGAUGGUUCCCGGAGGGCCAUCAUUAUAUUGCGGAAGCAUGUAUCACAUAUCUGUCGUACGAUAUCUUCGAGGCUGGGGCUUGUGAGAAAGAGCGCGACGAGCAAUCCAGUCUUCACAUGGCUGUAUUCCUUGGUCUUGAGGAUUUUAUACCUGACCUGCUAAAAACCACACACGUGGAUGCGCAGAGCUCCUCUGGAGAGACACCACUUUUGUUCGCCGCACAGAUGGGACACACAGACAUUGCACGGCUUUUGCUAGAUCAUGGUGCCAACCCUGAGCCUAGAGAGCAAGUUGAUCGUUCACCAUUACUUCAAGCGGCCAAAAAUGGCCAUGAAGCAGUUCUUUGCUUACUACUAAAUCGCUUUUCCGAUCAACGCCAUGACAGCCAGAAAAGUAAAAGAACACCCGCACCCAGACUGGUAUUUGAUGAAGAUGAAGAGUGUGCAUGUGGACCAGACACAUUACCAGAGGCAUUGACAGUUGCUGCUGCAAAUGGACACGCAAAAAUAGUGGACAUCCUGUUGCACAGGGGUGCAGAGGUCAAUGCGCUUUGUCGUUCGCACAAUCCUGUUACGGUGGCGGCCAAGAACGGCGACGAGGCGACGAUCCGCGUCUUGAUUGAGCACGGCUUCGAUAUCAACCAUGAUGGUCUUUGUGACCGUUAUUUCCGGACGCCUCUGGGGCUUGGAAUAGCUGGAGGGCAUUCAGGAGUUGUCAAGCUCUUGCUAGAGCAAGGUGCAGUCAUAGAAGAGGACACCGCAUUGGUCGCUGCGGCUGAGUGUGGUCGAGUUGAAAUCAUGGCUCUCUUAUUAGAGCAUGGGGCACGCCUGUCUAGCCACCAGAUCCUCAACCUUAUAAAAGCAGCCGCAGAAAAAAAUAACUUCGCGAUGCCAUUAUUAUGGGCAGCCAAACAGGGCUACACACCAAUGGUCGAGACACUCCUGGAGGAGCAAGGCUUUGAUAUUGACGAAAAGCAUCAAAUAUAUGGCACAACCGCAUUAUCUUUGGCUGCGCAACAAGGUCAUUCCGAUGUUGUUCAAGUUUUAUUAGCGCGCGGCGCGAAUCAGAGUUGUCCGGAUAACCUUGGGCGAACGCCACUCAUGAGAGCGACUGAAAACUCGAAAAAGAGGGUAGUGAGGCAAUUACUGGAGCAUAACAGCAGCCUUCUUCACCAUCGUGAUAUUUUCGGUAGAAGCCCACUGCUUUGCGCAGCUGAGAUGGGCAAUUCUACUAUCGUGGAAAUAUUCCAAGGGGAUGAAAUUGAGAAGAGAGUCUAUUCUCACAUCAUCUCCAAAGAGAUUGACGAAGUGAUAGCAGCUGUAUCCUCAAUGCCUCUAGCUGCGCUGACUAUAAAUGGAAGUGAAUGUCUUUCGUGGGCGGCAAGAUAUGGACAUGCGAAUGUUGUCGAAACGUUACUGAGAAGGGGGAUCGAUUCUUACGCUCUCGCGGAAUAUGGCGAUAGGGUAUUAGAAUGCGCAAUUACAUACGGCCAUGAAGGGCUAUUAUUGGAUUGGGGGCUUGGUUUAACGGGCUUGGAAAGCCGUGACCGAGCGACGUUGCUGCUUGCCAUUGCCAUCGGGAAUGAGGCUACUGUCGGGCAUCUGCUGGAGCAUAACGUUCCUCUGAGCCUGGAUUGCGUUUGGAAGGGCAAUGGGAACAUUGUCAAAAUGCUUCUAGAGCACGCAGAGAUCCGGAAUAUCGCAGUGCGCAACGUGGAGGUCGCCGCGUCAUUAGCCAUUGUCAAAAAUCACCCCCAGAUUGUGGAAAUCCUCCUCAAUUCUCAAAGCACAACUCACAAAUACGAUGAUCUCUUGUUUCAGGAAGCAAUGGAGCACCGACACAAAGAUGUCCUCCGCGUUCUUCUAACCAGAUACUCCGGCCCAGGGUACACGCCAAAGCGAGAAGCAUCUCAGCUGGUCUUCCGAGCCGCCGCGUAUGGCUUCAUCGAAGCUGUGGAUCUGUUAAUAAGCAAAGUAAUUGAUCCCAACUGCAGUCUCAAAUCUAAGAUUACCGUGUCGAAAUUCACGGCAGUAACGGCAUUCCUAAGCGAGAGAAGUCUCUUGAACCAAGACAAUUGGCCAAGGCGAUCAGUCCGGUAUGUGUACCAACAAGAAAGUGAUACGCCUUUGCUAGCUGCUGCUGCAAAUGGCCAUGCCCCCGUUGUCAAGCUUCUUCUGGAGAAAGGGGCACUCCCUGAGAAAAAGGCCCUUCCAGAGUUGAUAGGCAGAUCGCGAGGGAGACACUCCCUAAAGCGACCGGCGAAUAUCAAGUCACCAUUAGAUGCCGCGAUCGAAGGCGGGCAUUGGCAGGUCAUCCGGCUUCUCUUGAUAGAGGGUUGUGAAUGGAGCCCGAAGACAGACCUCGACACUUCACUUAUGCAUGCUUCUUACGACGGCAACGCCGAAAUGGUUAAUGUGCUGCUAGAACGGGGUGUUAAUCCGAAUACCCGCAAUGAGGGGGGAACCACUCCCCUGAUAUGGUCAAUUGUGAUGAAGCAUAAGGAGAUUGUGAAGUCCCUCUUAGCAGCGGGUGCUGACCCUAAUUUCAUCGGUACAGACUCAAGGGGCUUUCGGGGAUCUAAACAAUUCAGCCCAUUGAAUUUUGCGUCCAUUCCUGGAAAGUGGUCCGCUGAACCGAUGGAGCUCGAGAUACUCAAGGAUCUGCUGGAUGCUGGUGCCAAUGUCAACCUCAGGGAUGGAGUCUACCGAACUCCAUUGUCAUGGGCAGCGGAGAGGCGUUCAAGGUCAGUCUUACAGAUUCUACUGGACGCAGGAUCAGAAAUUGAUUCCAUUGACCGAUGCAAUCGCACGCCGCUAUUCUACGCGACUAUGAAUGACAAUGCAGGCGCUGUCAAAGACCUUCUCGAGCGGGGGAGCAUGGGGACGACUAUUCAAACCUCUGCAGAUCGUAACCCGCUGGAUGUGGCUCGUGAAUUGAAUUUUCUGAUAUUGAGCACCUCUUGUUAA